CCGGAUCAAGAUAACUUGACGACUGCUGCCCGCACGGAGCACUUUGUUUAUUCCUGCCGGUGGAGGAGCACCGACAGUCAGCUACUGCUCGCACAGUCCGGACGACCAGCACGCUGAGCUCAACAAUGAAGCUCCUGCUCUGUUUGGCCGUUCUGGCGGUGACGCUGGGGGUCCUUUAUUCUGCCCCGGAGGACCAACCCCGAGGCAUCUCAGAGGACACCCUAAAACAGUUGUCCAUGGAUGGCGAGAAACUGGUGGAUGAGGAGGUGAGCAGGGCUCUGUAUGGGGUGAAACAGAUGAAGGAGGUGAUGUGGAGGAACGAGCAGAAGCACGAGCACCUCAUGAAGUCCCUCAAACACAGCAGUGACAAGAAGACGGGGGCAGCGCAGCUCGCCAAGGAGGUGACUGAGAAGCUGGAGGAGGCGGAGGAGCAGUGUAAAGACUCCCUGCAGUCUGAGUGGGAGGAGUGCAGGCCCUGUCUGGAGGACGUGUGUAAAAACUUCUACACCUCCACCUGCCGCAGGGGAUUUGCAGCUUUCCAUGCCAAGGUGGACAACCUGUUCCGCAGGGUGUCCAGGCGCUUUGGCCCCCGUGAGCCUCGCAUCGAUGCUGAGGACAUCCUGGUGAAUCAGGGCUCCGACGACACCGAGGUUGUCCGCAUCGAGGACUCCUUCAACCGCCUGAUCAGCAAGGUGGGCACGCUGGUCGAGCGCAGCGUCGCCCUGGUCUCCAUGAUGGGCACCAGGCUCGACAAUAUGCUCCAGAAGACCUUCCUGAACGACACCCUGAUGGAGGAGGCCACCACUGAUCCCUACAACCCCAGCAGAGACUCGGGGUUCCUGCAGGGUGUGGGACUGGAGGAGGUCCUGGACUCGUUCUUUGACUUCGGCAAGAGCGUGGUGGAAGAGUUCGGAGCCGUGGUGACUCAGGCGUUUGAUGACAUCCACGAGGCAGUGCAGGAGGAGAAGAAGAAAGCGAGGGAAGGUUUCCCCCGUUUCCUGCAGAAGAGGAAGUUGUGCCGAGACCUUCGCAAACAGACCUCAGAGUGCUGGCAGCUCCAGAACCAGUGUGAGGCCUGCCAGGGAGCCCUGCUCACAGAGUGCCCCAGUGUCCGGGAACUGCAUGUGGAGCUGGAUGAAGUUUCCCAGCUGCUGGAUGUGUCCAAAGAGCAGUAUGAUGAGAUCUUGUCUAUUGUCCAGCGCCACACUGAUGAAACAGUCAGCUGGCUCAGCAACAUGGCGGCUGAAUUCAGCUGGGUGGCUCAAGCUGUGAGCAACAGCAGCAGUCCUGAGAACAUCUUCCACAUCACCAUGGUGGCGCCAAAGAGCCGCGAUGAACAGAAUGAAUCUGUGACUGAGACCAGGGUGGAGGUGAACAUCCUGAACUCUCCCCCACUUAUCCUGUCUGUUCCUGGGGAGCUGGAACUACAGGACCCAGCUUUCAUCCAGUACGUGACCCAGGAGGCUCUGAACAAGUACAAGGAGAUGGUCAGGUAUGAGGAUGAGUAAACCCACAGUGUCUCCCUUUCUGAGCUCCUGUCAGCACUUCCUCUGAGCACAGAACUAGACUCUGCUCCUUGUACAGUAGCGUAACCUGCUUUCAAAUGUAAAUACACAAGUUGAACCAUAUUCAUUACUGUUAUAAGCUGAUUGUAAAAGAAGAAAAGGCACAUCAUACUUGUUGUCAAAUGUUGUAAAUAAAUAAAAAACAAGUUUAAA